CUUGAUGACUUAAACAGGUGGAGUCUACUUCUUAUUACUCCUUUCAUUUAUCCUGAUAAGUUACUUAAAGCAGAACAUAUAGCUUUUGUGACAGAAAGCAUUUCAGCUCAGACAGAUAGCUUACAGAAGGUACCUGGGUCUACAAAAGAGAUUGUGAAGUGGUCAGACUGUUGUUCACCGUUGGCCUAUAAACCCGGUGAGCCUUUUAAGUUAAUUGCUGAAGCAAGCGUAGAUAAUUUCAGUAACCUUGGAAUAGCGUUCAUGGAAGACAGGCUUCAAAUGGAUAAUGGAAUGGUGCCACACAAGAUUGUUUCUGUCCAUUUGCAGGAAUCUACUCUGAAGGAGUUGGCACAGGUGGCACCAUCUUUAAAAGAGCAAAGUGUAAGCAGUAAUCAAAUGGAUGAAGUAACUCCUGCUAUGACUGUUAAAUCAGGAUUAGGAGUAGAUGAGUCUGCAGGACAAGGUGAAGAGGAGAAAUCCAGGCUAGAGAAAGAAAGUGAGCAUGAAGAUGAAUCCAGCAGUCUACCUGACAAAGAGACAGGUGCUGGAGAACACCAUCACUUACAUCUUUCCAGCUGUCAUGAAUGCCUGCAGCUUGAAAACAGUACUAUUGAAUCGGUCAAGUUUGCCUCUGAUGAUUCCAAUAGCAAACUGGAAGAGAAGAAUGAUGACCACUUAGCAAGAGGAAUAAAGAGGGUAGACAUUGCUGGAAAGCCCCCUAAUAUAUUGAUUUAUCUUGGCUCUGAAAGUGGAAAAGUGGAAUUUGAGCAGAUGAAAUCAGUCCUUCAGGAAUGCAUCAAUAAGGACAGCUACACCAUCUACCAGCUGCAUGAGGAACAAGUUCUGAAAGAUCCGUGGAUUGAUAAUUCAGUGCUGUUGAUCAUUGCCACAGACGAGCCUAUUUCUGAGGAGAACCACAAAAAAUUUAUGAAAUUUUUAUCUACAGGUGGAAAGAUUCUAGGGUUUUCCUCAUAUUUUACAUUUGAUGGCAUACAAAUAAAGAGGAAAAACAAAAUGAAGACUGUUGAUGAAUUAGUCGUCUCCAAAAUGGACAGCACUGAAGUUAAGUUAAAUCUUUUGGUCAGUGGCUGUGUUUUUGAGGAAGUGGUGAAGGAAGAUACCAGCAAAGUGAAGACAUUGAGUCGAUUAAAUAACGCUGAUAAAGAUACAGUUAUUGUUCACCUGACUUAUGGAGACAGUGGGGGAGAAGCCAUUCUUUCUCAGGCACACUUGGAACUGGAUAUCAAUUCUAUGGAUGUCCAAACUGAAGAGGAUUUUAAUUUGCUUAAGAUAAGCAAUACCAAGAGAUAUGAAGUUCUCAAAGACAUCCUGGUAUCACUUGGUCUCUGUUGUGAAUUAAGUGAAAUUCCCGUGUUAACACCUCUUUACCUUCUGUCUUCUGAUGAGGAAAUCCAUCUUGCUUUUCUGAAAUGGCUCGAGGGAAAUGUAGAUGCUGAAGGAUUAAGAGCAUCCAGCAAAGUGUCUCUUAAGUUUGUUUCAUCCCAUGAAUCAAAAAUGGAGAUAACUCCAUCUCUCAUGCCAGUCAUCACUGAGAUAGGAAGCUUCUCAUCAGAACAUUUCAGCCUGAAGACAUAUCAACACAAUCUUCAAACAAAGAAGCUUGGAAAGAUUGUUCUUUUUGCUGAAGUUACCACAACAACAAUGAAUCUUCUAGAUGGGUAA